GGACUGGGAAGCAGCGUCGGGGCUACCCGCGGCCCACCGUGGGGGAAUCCCAGGCACGGGAGACCAUGCGGGCGGGCAAGACUUUCCGCAAGCGGCGCGACGACUCGGAGUCAGAGUCCGAUGAGCAAGACAGCGAGGAGGUCCGGUUGAAACUGGAAGAAACCAAAGAAGUUCAGAGCUUGAGAAGACGUCCUAAUGGGGUGAGUGCUGUAGCCCUCUUGGUUGGUGAGAAAGUACAAGAAGAGACAACUCUAGUGGAUGAUCCCUUUAAGAUCAAGGCUGGUGGGAUGGUGGACAUGAAGAAACUUAAGGAAAGAAAUAAGGACAGGAUUAAUGAAGAGGAGGACCUCAAUUUAGGAACAUCAUUUUCAGCAGAAACCAAUCGAAGGGAUGAGGAUGCAGACAUGAUGAAGUACAUUGAGACUGAAUUAAAGAAGAGGAAAGGAAUUGUGGAAAAUGAGGAGCAGAAGGUAAAGUUGAAGAAUGCUGAAGACUGUCUCUAUGAGCUCCCUGAGAACAUCCGAGUCUCCUCAGCUAAGAAAACAGAAGAGAUGCUGUCCAACCAGAUGCUGAGUGGCAUCCCUGAGGUGGAUUUGGGCAUUGAUGCAAAAAUAAAAAAUAUCAUUUCAACAGAGGACGCCAAAGCACGCCUACUGGCUGAGCAACAGAACAAAAAGAAAGACAGUGAAACCUCUUUUGUUCCAACCAACAUGGCUGUGAACUAUGUGCAGCACAACCGAUUUUAUCAUGAAGAGCUCAAUGCCCCAGUUCGGAGGCACAAGGAGGAACCAAAAACCCGGCCCCUCAGGGUUGGAGAUACUGAGAAGCCAGAACCAGAGAGGUCUCCUCCAAAUCGCAAGCGCCCUCCCAACGAAAAGGCAACUGAUGAUUAUCAUUAUGAGAAGUUUAAGAAAAUGAACAGACGCUAUUAAUAUCAGUUCAGUGGGAGAAGGUGGGGAAAGUUUUUGCCGAGAUUUUAUUUUUUGUCAAGGACAAAAUGUAAAUAUCACAGAAAGAAAAAUUUGUUUCUUUUAGAUUUCUUUAGGCUGUGCAGUUGUCUACAACCUAUUUGUGGAUUUUUUUCCUUUUGCAAAUAGGUAUGGCUGUUUAUAAACGUGACCAUAUGAAAAUA